GAAGAGGAGGGGGAUUCCAAGUUAAAAAGGUCAUUUCUCUCUACGGACGUCUACUUUAACAGACUGUAACCAACAACCAUGGUGAAGGAAACCGGCUUUUAUGACAUGUUGGGUGUUAAGCCCAAUGCCACUCCAGAUGAGUUGAAAAAGGCUUAUCGUAAGCUGGCCUUGAAGUACCACCCUGACAAGAACCCUACGGAGGGAGAGAAAUUUAAGCAGAUCUCUCAGGCAUAUGAGGUGCUGUCGGACUCCCAGAAGAGAGAGGUGUAUGACCGGGGAGGGGAGAAAGCCAUAAAAGAAGGAGGGGGCAGUGGAGGUGGCGGGGGUUUUGGAUCCCCCAUGGACAUCUUUGACAUGUUCUUUGGAGGAGGUGGCCGAAUGCACCGGGAGAGGAGAGGAAAGAAUGUCGUUCAUCAGCUCACAGUCUCUUUGGAAGACCUCUUCAAUGGAGCCACGAGGAAACUUGCUGUCCAGAAGAAUGUUAUUUGCGAGCGAUGUGAAGGUCGCGGGGGAAGGAAGGGCGCGGUGGAGAUGUGCAUGUCCUGUCGCGGCACGGGCAUGCAGGUGCGCCUCCACCAGCUGGGGCCAGGCAUGGUGCAGCAGGUGUCCGCCGUGUGCGGGGGCUGCCAGGGCCAGGGCCAGCGCAUCAGCCACAAGGACCGCUGCAAGGCCUGCGGCGGACGCAAGAUUCUGCGGCAGAAGAAGAUCCUGGAGGUCCACAUUGACAAAGGUAUGAAGGAUGGGCAGAAGCUAGUUUUCCACGGGGAGGGAGAUCAGGAGCCAGGACUAGAGCCUGGUGACAUCAUCAUUGUCCUGGAUCAGAGAGUCCAUCCCGUCUUCACCAGACAAGGGGAAAAUCUGACCAUGACUAUGGAGCUGCAGCUGGUGGAGCCCUGUGUGGUUUCCAAGCCUGUUCAAACUCUGGACAACCGAAGCCUCCUCAUCACCUGCCACCCAGGGGAAUUGAUCAAACCUGGCGACAAUGUUCCUGAAUGGGGGGAUGCCCAUGCACCCCGGCGUUUGAAAAAGGGACACCUCAUUAUCCUCUUUUCGGUGGUAUUCCCAGAGGCCAACUUCCUCCCCAAGCACAAGCUGAAGGAGCUAGAGCACUACCUUCCUGCCAAGAGGGAGGUGGAGCAGCCCGAGAGCAUGGACGACGACCUCUACAUCUCGCCCGACCUGGAGGACUGUGACCCGGCCAGAGUAAGACGCAGCCAAUACCACUACAUGGAGGAGGAUGACUACCCGUCUGCUGGCGGGGUCAGUGCCAGACUUCAUAAGACCCCCUCAGCUCACUCCAACCUCUAA